AAAAACCCCUAAUUUUUUAACGAUUCCCCCUUCUUGGCCUCUCUACGAGAAACAGGAGAGAUUUUUUCCAGAUCUCAACAACAUUCGUAGGUGACGAUGGCGCUUCGUGCUACUCAAUCGACUGCUCGCAUGGCGGCGAAUCUCCGACGAGUAGCUCGGCCUUUCUCAACAGACGCGGUGGUGGAGUCGGAUUACAAGCGUGGCGAGAUCGGCAAGGUCUCCGGAAUCCCAGAGGAGCAUCUCGCACGAAAGGUGAUAAUAUACUCGCCUGCAAGAACAGCGACCCAGCAAGGAUCUGGGAAACUUGGGAAAUGGAAGAUUAACUUCGUCUCCACCCUCAAGUGGGAAAAUCCAUUGAUGGGCUGGACUUCUACUGGUGACCCUUAUGCCAAUGUUGGGGACUCCGCUCUUGGUUUUGAUUCUGAGCUAGCUGCCAAGUCCUUUGCUGAGCGUCAUGGCUGGGACUAUGUGGUCAAGGAGCCCAAAACACCGUUAUUGAAGGCCAAGUCAUACUCGGACAACUUCAAGUGGAAAGGCAAACCUCAACUAGAGAACUGAUCUCCUUCUUCUUCUUCCAUUUCUCGAACAAAAGGAGAAGCCCCCAAGGCUCUCAUGUUUUAUUCGCUAUUUAGCACCUGUGAGCUUUUUUCUAAACUAUUAUCCAUGGUUGGAUUCUUUUUUUAAAAAAAAAAAUCCUUAUAACAAUAAUAUGAUGAUGAUGACAAACAGUUCUUUGGUAUUUCAUCAAUCUUUAUGGUCAAA